AUGAGAGUUCGAGAAGAUGAUACAUGGAAGACUACUUUCAAAAUCAAACAAGAAUAUUUUGUGAUUGUUUACUUGGAUGUCCUAAUAUACAAAAGAACUUGGGAAGAUCAUCUCGUUCACGUUGAGAAGGUGUUUAAAGUGUUACAUGAAGGCCAGCUGAAGUUGAACGUAAAGAAGUGUGAUUUUGGGAAAGAGGAGUUGGUGUAUCUCGGAUUCAUUGUUGGUGGUGGACAACGGAAUAUUGAUCCAAGUAAGGUUGAAGUGAUCACUAAGUGGCCUAGACCUAGUACUGUAACUGAAAUCAGGAGUUUCUUAGGGGCUUGCACAUACUUGUGUAAGUUUACCCGACAUUUUUCGAAUAUUGCGAGACCAUUACAUGGUUUGACGGGAGCUAAGGCAAAGUUUGAGUGGCAGCAAACCCAUGAAGAUGCUUUUCAGUUACUAAAAAAGAAUAUUUCAGAAGCACCGGUGUUGGCAUUGCCUAAUUUACAGCGUACUUUUGAAGUUGAGACUGACGCUUCUAACUAUGCAAUGGGAGGAGUGUUGUUGCAAGAUGUUAAGGAAGGACUGAAUGGGGAAGGUAAGAAGUUGAAGCCGUUGAGGUAUGGACCAUUUCGUAUUCUCGAUCAGAUUGGUGAUAAUGCCUUUCCUCUAGAUCUGCCACCUUAUCUAGGAAUAUUUUUUCUUGAUAGACUCAUCUUUGAGAAAUUUGCAAGGCGGGUUAUUCUUGGACCGGGGUUUCAGAAGAUUGACAUUGAAAAGGAUGAUGACAGGAUAAAAAAGGUUUACAAAUUUAAGUAG